AUGGGAGAAUUGUAUUACUUGAGAAUGAUGCUAACAUUCGUCAAGGGACCAAUUUGCUAUGAGGAUAUAAAAGACGCUGGUGGAAAGAUUCUUGAUAGUUUCAGGGAUGCAUGUUUUGAAAUGGGAUUUCUUGAAGAUGACAAUGAAUAUGUUGCAGCUAUAAAUGAAGCAAUGAAUUGGGGUUCCGGUCACUUCUUGAGAAAGUUAUUUGUGAAUAUGCUACUAACAAAUUUACCGUUGUUAGAGGAAGAGAUAAAAAACCGGACACUUAUUGAAAUUGAGAAUUUAUUGCAAGAAAAUCGAAGAAUUGAUUUGAUAAUAUGGGAUGAAACACCUAUGUGUCACAAAAACUUCUUUGAGGCUUUGGAUAAAACCCUUAAGGAUGUCAUGGGAUGUCAUGGUAUUAAGAAUACAAUAUUCGGUGGCAAAAUAGUUGUUUUUGGAGGCGAUUUUAGACAGAUCCUACUUGUUGUUCUGAGAGGAGGUCGUUCUGAUAUUUUACAAGCUUCAAUUAGCUCAUCUUGUGUAUGGGACUAUUAUAUAGAAGUUCCUGAAGAAAUAUUAACAUCAAGUUUUAAGGAUCCUAAAAGGGCUAUUGUCGAUAACACAUAUCUCAAUAUGCUGAAAAAUUACAAAAAGGAAGAAUUCUUACAAUACAUAGUUAUUCUUGCUUCAACCAUUGAAGUUGUGGACAAAAUCAAUCAUUACGUAUUAGGCUUAAUUUCAGGAGAAGAGAAAGAGUAUCUGAGUUCUGAUUCAAUUGAUAGAACGAAAGUCAGUUAUAGUCAAGCUUACAAAGUUCUAACUCCAGAAUUUAUUAGUUCUUUGAGAACAUUAGGUCUACCAAAUCAUAAUAUCAAAUUGAAAGUUGCAACCCCUAUUAUGCUAAUGAGAAAUUUGGACCAGGCUAAAGAGUUGUGCAAUGGAACGAGAUUAAUUGUGACAUGGAUGGAAAAAGAUGUUAUGAACUUCGGUAUUGCUUCAAUGAUGAAGUUCAAGGUUUUACACUUUAGUUUGAGAGAUACUAUUGGAUAG